AUGGGUUACUCAAGCAGAGAAACAAGAAAUACAACGAAGGCAAAGAGAAUUUCAACAAUCAUUUCAUCAAGCACAAAUCCAAUAUCAAUUACAAGUUGCCCCAGUUGUCCAACCUCAACCGAUCAAAAUAUAUCACAAACACAAGAUUUAUCUACAUCUUCUAUUUCUCAAGGCACAUCUUCUCAAGCACAAAACCAACCUACAACAUCUACAUCUGUGGCUCAACCCGAUGAUCAUUCUUUAGAUCAAACAAACCAAGUCACUACACUUGCACAACAAUUUGUUUCACUUUUGGGCACGGAUCAUCGACCGUGGCGUAAUUUACAUCCAUCAGCAUCUUCAGAAUUGGAAUGCUAUGCUAAUUCCAGCCUAACCAAGCUAAAUAAGCUUAAUAUAAACCUCGCUGGUCAAAGAAUACAACAAUUAAUUUUGUUAAUUCAAAAUACUCUUGGAAGUCUACGUAAAAUUGAUAUCGAUCUUAGGGACCCGUUAGAUCCAGAUCAUUCGGGAACAUUGUUUUCAACAAUUGCUCUUUGUUGUCCAAAUCUUACUAAUAUCCAUCUCUUCGUUUCGAAUGACGCUAUCACACAACUGCCAACAUUGUUUUCUGGUUGUCCUAAACUUCAAGAAAUUGAUUUUAUUGGAGACAGAAGUGACGAGGGAAAACUAGAUAUUGACGAUGUUCUUUGUGAAAUUGGAAGUGUUGUUCCAGAAAAUUUGAAGUUUCUCAAUUUGGGAUCGAAAGCAUGGACUUAUACAAAAGAUUCAAUCAGCGAAUUUCUUGAUGAAUGUGAAACCAGACUAAAACAUAAACCAUGUACUUUUAUAAUGGGAGGUCAUUUGUCAAGAAAAGUUGUGGAAAGACUUAAUAUGUACGAAGAAAAGGGAGUGAUCCAGAUUAUGAUCGAAAAGGCAACCACAGCACUUCUUAAAUAUGUUUCAAAUCAACAAGAGGAUAAGAGUAAUGACAUUCUCGCAGACAAAGUACACUUUGUUUGGUUAAUUGUUUCUACUCACAGAUUUUUAGACAUAACCAAAGAUAAACCUGUUAGCAUUCCGCUAAAGCAUCCUUUAUAUGAUGCAUCGACAGAAAUUUGCUUGAUAACAAAGGAUCCGCAAAAGACUUUUAAAGAACUGGUUGCUUCUAAAAAUUUGAAACGUAUACGAAAGGUGAUCGGAAUAUCUAAACUUCGGAAAAAAUAUCAACCAUAUGAAGCGAAACGCCAAUUGUGUAAUUCGUAUGAUUUGUUUAUGGCAGAUGAUAGAGUCAUACCUUUGCUUCCAAAAUUGCUGGGAAAAUGUUUCUUUCAGAGAAAAAAGCAACCUAUUUCCGUAUGCUUAAAGAAUGAAAAGCAUUUUGAGAGAGAAAUCCUCAAAGCUUGUAAUUCUACAUAUAUGCAUUUUAGUCCAGGAACAUGUCUUGCGAUCAAAAUAGGCACGACUGAUAUGACAUCGUCACAAUUGUUGGAAAACAUAAUAACUUCUGUUCCGUGUAUCGUGAAUAAAAUACCAAGAAAGUGGAAGAAUAUUCAAUCUUUGAAUAUUAAGACUCAUUUUUCCACAAGUUUACCUAUAUUUAAUGCUGAUCCAUAUGCUCAGAUAUCUAGAUAG